CUAAAACAAUGCUUGCGUUAUUUUAGGAUAAAUCGUCCUGGGAAUUAGCUGGAGAAAAGAUGAAGUCGACUAAGGAACGGUCCAAGAAAAUACUAGCCUCUAAUUCACCACCUCCACUCUUUGUUAAAGCACUUAAGAGCAAGCAAACAUGGGACGAUAAGGAGGAUUUUUUGAACGUUGUGUACUGGCUGAAGCAGAUUUUGUCCAUCUUCGUUGGACUUGUGUGUGGUAUUGUCCCACUUCAAGGAUUUAUUGGAAUCUUAGCGUUCCUUUUAGUGAGUGGUGGUUUGGUAUACUUGUACUGUGUGCUGUACCAAGGCAUUGAUCAGGAGGAAUAUGGUGGAGCUUGGGAACUGCUCAAGGAGGGAAUGAUGACUGCAUUCGCCAUGUUCAUGGUAAACUGGAUCAUCACGUACACCAUGCUCCAGCACAGCUAACAAGAUAAAACUGUAUAUUAGAAUCACUUGAUGUGUCUAUCACCAUUCUUUAUUUAAUUAUAAUGUGAAAUCUA